UCAUCGACUCCUUUUGGCUUCUAGACUUCUACCGCCUCCAGUAGAACCUUCAUAGUGGAUCUCUAUCUUCUCUACGGAUUUUUAGGGAUUUCGCUUUUUCUGUUGCUGUGAAAGCUCAGAAAGUGCUCCAAUGGCGACUCGGAAUCUCAAUCUCUUAAGUUAUCGAAGAUUCUUGUGAAGCGAUGUCGUUUGGAGUGAUCUCUUCUAUCGAUUUCUCGUUUGCAGUUCGGCGCCGCAAGUUUUGAAGAAAUUCACUUUAAGAUCGGUGUGUUGCAGAUUUACUCGUUGGCCUCUGUUAUGUAGUUUGGGGAGCUUCGGGUGGUUUAUCUGGGCUUCUUGGAGCUCCUCUUCCGGAGUAUCUGCUGAAAAUGGUGAGGUUUCUUUCCCUAGGUGUUUGGUUUAGAUCUAUUGCUUUUUCUUACCAAAUUUAGCGGCGAUCUUCGAGUGCUCUGCCGAUAUCUCCACUACUACUGCGAUGAAAAGGCCUUUUCGUCCGCUCUUCAGUCUACUGCUGCUUAUUGUGAUUGUCUCCACCCUGAGCUCUAGAACUGUGUUCCGCCAGAGCUUCAGUUAUCUUCAGUUGGAUAAUCAUGUCUCGCUGGAACCAUCAGUGCGGGAAUCGAAUUCAACGCUGCUUCAAUUUGCUGCGAUUGAUGUUAAUGAGGCACACGAUAAGAAAGAGAUCGAACAGUUGCUCGAAGGGAACUUUGGCAGUUCGGGGCGGUACCGUUCUUUCUCAUCGUGGCAGCAUUCCAAUUACCUUAACAUUCGGACGAGAGCCUCGACUGGCAGACUAUCGUUCCAGCUCCGCUCUCCUAAGUAUUACAAAAUUUGGUUAGAGUUCCGAAAGUCCCUUCGCGAUUGGUCUCGGAAUAAAUGGUUCCAACCAGAUAUCAUGUUGGAUUUGAUCGACCUUGUCAAGCGUCCUAUUGAUCGGCACAGUGGACUGCCCGACUCCAACGGCCGGUAUGCUUCGUGUGCAGUUGUGGGUAACAGUGGGAUUUUGCUUAAGACUGAGUAUGGAGAGCUGAUUGACAGCCACGAUAUUGUGAUCCGACUGAACAAUGCUAGGACUGAGGGGUUUCAACGCAAUGUAGGAUCCAAAACCAAUAUCUCCUUUGUGAACAGUCAUAUCCUGCAUCGAUGUGCACGUAGAGAAGGCUGCUUCUGCCAUCCCUAUGGGGAAAAGGUUCCGAUGGUUAUGUACAUUUGCCAGCCUGUGCAUUUGAUCGAUUACACAGUCUGCAAUGCUUCUCACAAGGCUCCUUUGCUAAUUACAGAUGCCCGCUUCGAUAUCUUGUGUGCUCGGAUGGUGAAGUAUUACUCUGCAAAACGUUUUGCAGAGGAGACGGGGAAGUCUCUGGACGAAUGGGCACUCGUCCAUGAUGCUAACCAGUUUCAUUAUUCUUCUGGUAUGCAAGCUAUCAUGCUAGCUUUGGGAACUUGUGAUAGAGUUAGUAUCUUUGGAUUUGGAAAGUCUGCACAAGCGACACACCAUUAUCAUACCAAUCAGAAGGCUGAACUUCAUUUGCAUGAUUAUGAGGCAGAGUAUGCCUUUUACCAUGACUUGGUUGAGAGACCGCAGGUAAUACCAUUCCUUCCGGACAAGUUCAAGGUUCCUUCCGUGGUCAUACACAAUUAAAUUUUUUCCACUUGAAAACCUUUUGGGUUCUCUGGAAUGAGGUCAUUGGUCGGCAAGCUCGACUUCCUCUGUAUUUGUUGUAACAAUAGGUUACCACAGCUCCCAGGGAAAGGGAGAAAAGAAAUUGUAAUUCUCCUAAAGACCCUGUGGGAAAAAUUAAUUUCAAAUUUUCCUGAAGACACUGUACUAGCCAAGUUAGUACUAGGUGUUGCUACAUGUAAGAUUGUGAUUGAGAAAUGUGAGUUAAAGCUUUUAGUAGAAUGAUGUCAUGCAUAAACCUGUAUUCCCAAAUUUCUAUUGUGAUUGAAAUUUCUACUC